AUGAAGAAUAGCUAACUGAAAAUUUCUGCGAACAAACCACAGCCUGUUAAGUAAAAUACAGCUAGUACAUACUAAAAGGUGAAGCCCGUUGUUGUUAAGCAUGUUUUGAAAAAUUAGAUAGCGCCUUUAGCUGAUCCUAAAAUGCAAUCUUAGAGUUUAUAGGGAAAGGAAAGUGUAAGAUUUUCUGAGGCUUCAAUGAGUCCAAGAUUCUAUGGCCAAGGACAGCCCCCAUAUUUCGGGAAGCCAGAAGAUGUAAGCAGAGAUUUAAUAUAAAACUUAGAGAAGGGAAUGACUCAACUAAAAAUCUCAACUUUGAAAAAAGAAAAUCAAGACCCCUAAUUAUCAAUGCUGUUACACUAAUAAAGAUCAAAUAAUAUGGGCUUCAGCAGCUAAAAUUAAAUGAUCAAUAAUUACAUGCCAAGUUACCAUAAUGAAUUUCAAACAUCAAACAUUCAAUAUGGUUCAAGUCAACUUGACCACAUAAUAAGUUUGGAAGAACUAGACAACCUAAGAAAAUAAAACGAAGACAGAAUAAGAAGCAUCGAAGAAAAGUAUUUUAAGAGAAAAGAGGAAACAAGGCAGGUAAGAGACAUUAUCUAGGAAAGAGCUGAUGUGAGAGAAACUAAGGAAAAACAUGUAGAUUCUAGUCUGAGCUAUCCAACAUAUGGGCGUGGAGUUGACCCAGACCCAAAUAUCAACACUUACAUGAUUAACAAGAAUUUGUGUCACGACGGUCAGUCUCCAAAGAAAAGAUUCAAACUUGAGACUGACGAAGACGAUGGAUUCUCUCCGAGUCGUGAUGACAGGCAAAAAAGACCCAAGAUCAUUACUCCUAGAAGGCAGAAGUACGAGACUCAGUUUGAGAAGUUUAUGGUGUACAAGUACGUCGAGGAGCAGCUAAAGGAAAAGCCCCCUAAGCCAAAGGAAACAGACAAGUUUGAUACAGUGACUAAAGUUGAAGGCUCUCUUAAUGCUAAAAUGCACCAAAAACUAUAUGAGGAGGAGAGAAAGAGAAGAUAAGACUUUGAAUUGAAAAAACUAUAGAAUAAAUCAUUAUACCAGAUUGAAAAUAGCAUUGAAAAGCUGCUGCAUGAAGAGGCACUUGUUAUUCUAGGUUAAGAGGUACUUGACAGACUUAGAGCAAUCUUUAAUAGUAUAAUUGAGGAGUCAGAUCCAGCAGGGCAGGGUGAAAUAGACAGAGUAGAUUUCAACACUCUUGUUGCUACUUUAGCUGAAGAUGAAUUUUUCCAAGAUUUCAUGCAAGCUGUUGCUAGAAAGAAUAUAGAUGGUGAAUCUGAGACAUUCGAGGAUCUUUUGAAUAGAGUUUUAAAUGAACACAGAGAAGACACAAUAUCAUGGUUGCAAUUCCUAGGUUUUUUCAGUAAAAGAGGCAAGCUUCAAGGUUACAAUCAAUUACAAAUCAGUCCAACUAAGGGAAAAACUCUUACUACUGCCGAUGAUGAGCAAGGAGGGGAUAAUCUAGGAGAGAACAAACAAGUUAAAUACUAAAAGCAAGUCAAGGAAAGAUUAAACUACAAAUAGACAAUGGUACCUAAAGAAGGCAAGGGUAAAUAUAAUGUGACAGUGCCAACUCCCUAUGAUUUCCAAAAUAGAGAGAAGACCGAAAAGACUAUCAGAGAGCAAAAGUUAGAGCAGAUGCUAAAAGAAAAAGAUGAUAAAGUAGUUGAAGCUAUAUCCUAUAAAUUCAGAGCAAACGACAUUCCAAAGUCUACUACAAAACCUCUAUACUAAAAGCUAAUUAAGUAAAAGGAAGAGAGAAGAUAAGAAGUAAGAAGACUAUCAAUGGCAAUAACUAAGUAAACUGAAAAACCCUUUAGCUUUUAUACAAGAGAAAAGAGUAGAGAAAGAAGACUAGACACAGAGAUACCAGAAACAAUGAGGCAUGCACCCUUUAGAGCAAAUAAGAUACCUUGGAAAGUGCUUGUUCCUUUAUAUAAGAGAAUGAAUGAUAAGAUUGAGUAUGAGAGAGAACAACGCAUCAAGAAGAAUGCUGAGCUUAGUCUAUCAUUAGCAAAACUUCCACCUAGAAUGGAAGAAUAUGAAUAAAAGAAAAAACUAUAAUCAUAAUAGGAGGGUUAUAAAACUGGUAGAUCUAAUUCUCUUGAUAUGAUUUGCACAUUUUAGCCACCUAGAGCCAAGCCUGUUCCAGAUUUCAAAAGACUUUAGAAGUAAUUCCAAUAAUCACUUGAGAAUUAAAGAAAGUCCCACUCAAUAACUGAGCCUACUCCAUUUACUUUCCACCAACCUAAAUCCACAGCAAAUAUGAGAUAGUAUCUUGAUUUGGAAAACUAAAAAAUCAAUCCAACAUUGAGAGAAUUCAAAAAAGGAAAAGGUAAAUCUACAAUUGGAAGAUCAUAAUCACUAGGAGAAUCUGUUCUAAAUAGAGAUAAUGUAAAAGAAAACCCUGCAACUACUAAAAAAUUUGAAGCUUAUGUUGAGUCUAGAAGAAAGGAUAUGGAAGAUAAGAAGGUCAAUGAAGAAAGUAAAUUCCAAGAAGAAAUUCAAAGAUUUUUCAAGUAAAAUAGGCUAUCUCAAAGAGUAUAGUGCUCUCCUGCUUUAGUAAAUACUGGAGCAGAACUAAAAAAAAGAAAGAUUGAGUCCAUCAGAAGAGCUAAGACUAAUAUGAAGAAGCUAGAAAAGGCUUGGGAUGAUAAGAAGUAAGAGAUUGAGUUCAAUGUGGCUAACAAACCUUUGUUGGUUGAAUAAGUCUCUAAAGCAUUCAUAAGAAAUCUAAAUUAAAUUAGAGAACUACAAAGGUAUGUAAACAUCUUGAGAGAAGCUAAUUUAAAUCCCGAUGAGCACUUGACAGAGGAACAAAAAGAACUAUUAUUAAGUGCUGAAUACUAUGAUAGAUUAAAUGCAGCUACUGCUUAUUUCCCCUCUUAAAUGCAAGGGUAAUAGUAAUAUAAUCAGCAAGAGGAUAUGGAUGGUGAAGAAAUGGAAGGCGAAGGAGAAGGUGAAGAAGAAGGAGAGGGUGAAGAUGACGGAGAAGAAGAAGAGGAAGAAGGACAAAGAAUGAUCGGACAAGAACCCAUUGAAGAAAAUUAAAUAGAAGAAGAUGAAGAGGAUGAUGAUAACUAAAAUUAAGAUGGCAAUGAAAUGAAUGAUAACGAUGAGGAGGAUGAUGUGCAAGAAGAUUAAACUCAUAGUCAAUAAUAAGAAAAUGUAAACCAAGAAAACUAGGAAAGCCAAUAGCAAAAUGAAGAAGAUGAAGAAGAAAUGGAUGGUGAAGAUGAUGAGGGAGAAGAAAUGGUCGAGUUGGAUGAUGAGCAAAUGAGAUAAUUCAUUCUGUACUAAUAGCAUCAAUAAAUGUUGAGAGCUUAACACCUGGGAGGUGGUGAUAUGGAUGAAGAUGAUGAAGACAUGUAGUAUGGAGAAGAGGAUGAUGAAGAAUAUGAAGAGGAUCAACAACAAUGA